AUGAAAGUGUCUGAUGAAAUAAGAAAACCAAAGUCUGUAAUCCCUCCAAAUGUCAAAGAUGUUUUUGAAAAAGAUGUCAUACGAUGGAAAGAGGAGGAUGGGGUUUACAGUGAAAGCCACGGCUUCCCUGCAAUGUUGGAUCAAGUCAGAAGUCAACAUUACAUGACAUUUGUUGGUGUCCCAGGAUCUGGAAAAUCGGCAACAAUUCAUCACAUAGCUCUGAUACUCCAGAAGGAAGAGUAUGAGGUUGUACCAAUUAUAGACAUCAGGAAGAUUGAAGAUUAUUCUGACUCUCGUCAUCCACAGGUUUUUGUCAUUGAUGAUGUGGUAGGUGUUUUAGGUCUGCAAAAACAAAAGUUAGAGUUAUUGAUAGACUAUGAAAAAAGAAUUUCAGAUCCUUUUAAUAGGAAUACAAAGGUUUUAAUGUCAUGUAGGGAAGCAGUGUUUAAUGAAUGUUACAAAUCAUUUUUCGUAAAUGAGGCAAACACAAUUAAGAUGCAUAGUCCCGAAAAUGCAUUGAAUGAUGAAGACAAAAAAGCGAUUCUUCAGAAACACGGCUUGGAUAGAGAUUUGUUGUCCCCAAAAUUACUUGGAGAAACAUUAGAUAUGUUUCCUCUAUUAUGUAAACUAUACUCAAAAGAGGAGAAAUUUAAGAGCAAUGUUGAAAGGUUCUUUACCUGUCCAGCAGAAUGUAUUUUAGGACAAUUCAAUGAAAUGAAAGGGCGAAAUAGUUUGUGCUAUGCUACAUUGGUCUUGUGCAUGUUGAAUGAAAAAAAACUAUCAAAAGAAAUAUUAACAUUGAAAAACACAGAAAACGACGUUUUCCAGGAAAUGAAAUCAAAAGUAUUGGAAAGUUGUGAAGUUGAAAGUAACACUGAUACAUUUAAAUUUGUUAAAGCAUUGGCAGCUAUGGAGGGUACAUACACAAAACUCUGUGGUACUGAGUACACCAUUAUUCAUGACUCUGUCUUUGAAAUCCUUGUGUAUCAUUAUGGAUGUCAGUUUCCAGAUCUUUUGUUGCAAUAUAUUAGCAGUAGUUACAUUGCUAAUAACGUGAAAGUACAAGAAUGUAAAGAAGAGUCAGAGGUUGAAUAUAAGCAAGAUGAAAAUGAAGAAUUUAGUGCUGAGGAGCAGGAAACAUUAAGUAGUGAAACAAUCCAGGACUCAUUUGAACUCUGCAUAAGGUUAAGAGAGGAUCAGUACCCAAUGUUAGCAGAGCGUUUGUACAGGGAUAUAGAAAAUAUGGAGCUGUAUGAUGUUUUUAUGAAUAAUGUUUUGAAACAUCCUAAGGUUUGUAAGGCUUUUAUUGAGGUGUUAAAGACCAAGUCUUACACAGAGUUGAAGUCUUUGUUUCUGUCAAAACAGAAAGACGUGUCUAAGGAGGUGAGUAAAGGAAAGCGUGUGAGGGAGGAGAGUGAGAAGAGGAAUGAGAGGAGAUGGGAGUGGCGCAGACAGAGGUGCUGGUGAAUAAGAAGUGGUGAUGAUAAAGAAAUAACAUACAGUGUGAGGGUUAUCAGUUGGGUGGUUUACUACGGACACAAUAAGAUCUUACAAUAUAUUUUAAAACAAACUGAAUUACACAAAGAAACAGAGAUUGAACUAUUUUGGAAUUCCUUUAGCCCCAAAUUAAUCUAUGAAGCCAACGAGAGACGAAAUAACUCUGAAAAAGGUAAUGCCACAGACAAAUUAUUUUUAUCGAACUCCAUUACUGAUACAAGAAAUCAAAAACAGAAAAACAGUCAGUCUGUUCCCGAACAUGACCGCUUAUUUGUAUUGAGUUGUUACAGUGGAGAUUUAGAGACUGUAAGAAUAUUAAUUAAGUAUAUCGAUUUAAAACAAACAAACACAAAUGUGAAAUAUUUGUGUGAUACACAAAUGUGUGAUACACCACUGACAGCAGCAUGUCAAGGUGGACAUAUGAGUGUAGUGAAGGAGCUUAUAGAAGCGGGAGCUGAUAUCAAUCAACAAGGUGAGUAUGAUACACCACUGACAGCAGCAUGUGGUAGUGGACAUAUGAGUGUAGUGAAGGAGCUUAUAGAAGCGGGAGCUGAUAUCAAUCCACAAGGUAAGUUUGAUACACCACUGAUAGCAGCAUGUGGUAGUGGACAUAUGAGUGUAGUGAAAGAGCUUAUAGAAGCCGGAGCUGAUAUCAAUCAACAAGGUAAGUUAAAUACACCACUGACAGCAGCAUGUGGUAGUGGACAUAUGAGUGUAGUGAAGGAGCUUAUAGAAGCCGGAGCUGAUAUCAAUCCACAAGGUAAGUGUAAUACACCACUGACAGAAGCAUGUGAAGGUGGACAUUUGAGUGUAGUGAAGGAAGUUAUAGAAGCCGGAGCUGAUAUCAAUCCACAAGGUAAGUUUGAUACACCACUGAGAGCAGCAUGUGGUAGUGAAUAUAUGAGUGAAAGUAUUGAUACACCACUGACAGCAGCAUGUAAGGGUGGACAUAUGAGUGUAGUGAAGGAGCUUAUAGAAGCCGGAGCUGAUAUCAAUCCACAAGGUAGGUUUGUUACACCACUGACAGCAGCAUGUGAAGGUGGACAUAUGAGUGUAGUGAAGGAGCUUAUAGAAGCCGGAGCUGAUAUCAAUCAACAAGGUUGGUUUCAUACACCACUGACAGCAGCAUGUGAAGGUGGACAUAUGAGUUUAGUGAAGGAGCUUAUAGAAGCCGGAGCUGAUAUCAAUCAGCAAGGUAAGUUUGAUACACCACUGACAGCAGCAUGUCAAGGUGGACAUAUGAGUUUAGUGAAGGAGCUCAUAGAAGCGGGAGCCUAUAUCAAUCAGAAAGGUGGACAUAUGAGUUUAGUAAAGGAGCUUAUAGAAGCCGGAGCUGAUAUCAAUCCACAAGGAAAGUAUUCUACACCACUGACAGCAGCAUGUGUGAAGGAGCUUAUAGAAUCCGGAGCUGCUAUCAAUCAGCAAGGUGAGCUUGAUACACCACUGACAGCAGCAUGUGGUAGUGGACAUAUGAGUGUAGUGAAGGAGCUUAUAGAAGCCGGAGCUGAUAACAAUCAACAAGGUCGGUUGCAUACACCACUGACAGCAGCAUGUAGAGGUGGACAUAUGAGUUUAGUGAAGGAGCUUAUAGAAGCGGGAGCUGAUAUCAAUCAGCAAGGUGAGCUUGAUACACCACUGACAGCAGCAUGUCAAGGAGGACAUAUGAGUGUAGUGAAGGAGCUUAUAGAAGCCGGAGCUGAUAUCAAUCAGCAAGGUAGGUUUGAUACACCACUGACAGCAGCAUGUAAGGGUGGACAUAUGAGUGUAGUGAAGGAGCUUAUAGAAGCCGGAGCUGAUAUCAAUCUACAAGGUGAGUAUACACCACUGACAGCAGCAUGUGAAGGUGGACAUAUGAGUUUAGUGAAGGAGCUUAUAGAAGCCGGAGCUGAUAUCAAUCCACAAGGUAAGUGUAAUACACCACUGACAGCAGCAUGUCAAGGUGGACAUAUGAGUGUAGUGAAGGAGCUUAUAGAAGGUGGAGCUGAUAUCAAUCUACAAGGUGGGUUUCAUACACCACUGACAGCAGCAUGUAGGUGUGGACAUAUGAGUGUAGUGAAGGAGCUUAUAGAAGAAGCUGAUAUCAAUCUACAAGGUGAGCUGACAGCAGCAUGUCAAGGUGGACAUAUGAGUUUAGUGAAGGAGCUUAUAGAAGCCGGAGCUGAUAUCAAUUUACAAGGUGAGUGUCAUACACCAUUGACAGCAGCAUGUGAGGGUGGACAUAUGAGUGUAGUGAAGGAGCUUACAGAAGCCGGAGCUGAUAUCAAUCUACAAGGUGGGUAUAAUACACCACUGACAGCAGCAUGUGAGGGUGGACAUAUGAGUGUAGUGAAGGAGCUUAUAGAAGCCGGAGCUGAUAUCAAUCUACAAGGUGAGUAUACACCACUGACAGCAGCAUGUGAAGGUGGACAUAUGAGUAUAGUGAAGGAGCUUAUAGAAGCCGGAGCUGAUAUCAAUCAGCAAGAUAGUUGUUAUACACCACUGACAGCAGCAUAUAGGGGUGGAAAUAUGAGUGUAGUGAAGGAGCUUAUAGAUGCUGGAGCUGAGAUCAAUCUACAAGGUGAGUAUACACCACUGACAGCAGCAUGUGAAGGUGGACAUAUGAGUAUAGUGAAGGAGCUUAUAGAAGCCGGAGCUGAUAUCAAUCUACAAGGUGAGUAUACACCACUGACAGCAGCAUGUGAAGGUGGACAUAUGAGUGUAGUGAAGGAGCUUAUAGAAGCCGGAGCUGAUAUCAAUCAGCAAGAUAGUUGUGAUACACCACUGACAGCAGCAUAUAGGGGUGGACAUAUGAGUGUAGUGAAGGAGCUUAUAGAAGCCGGAGCUGAUAUCAAUCUACAAGGUGAGUAUACACCACUGACAGCAGCAUGUGAAGGUGGACAUAUGAGUGUAGUGAAGGAGCUUAUAGAAGGCGGAGCUGAUAUCAAUCUACAAGGUGAGUAUACACCACUGAUAGCUGCAUGCAAGGCUGGACAUAUGCGUGUAGUGAAGGAGCUUAAAGAAGCCGGAGCUGAUAUCAAUCUACAAGGUAGGUAUGAUACACCAUUAACUGCAGCAUGUAAGGGUGGACAUAUGAGUAUAGUUAAGGAGCUUAUAGAAGCAGGAGCUAAGAUCAAUCAACAUGGUAAGUUACAUACACCACUGACUGCAGCAUGUGAGAAAGGACAUAUGAGUGUAGUUAAAAAGAUUAUAGAAGCAGGAGCUGAUAUCGAUCAGCAAGGUGGAGAUGAUACACCCCUGACAGCAGCAUGUAAGGGUGGACAUAUGAGUAUAGUGAAGGUGCUUAAAAAAGCCGGAGCUGAUAUCAAUCAACAAGGUAAGUAUGAUACACCACUGACAGCAGCAUGUAAGGGUGGACAUAUGAGUGUAGUGAAGGAGCUUAUAGAAGCUGGUGCUGAUAUCAAUCCUCAAGAUGGGUAUAAUACACCAUUGACAGCAGCAUGUGAGGGUGGACAUAUGAGUGUAGUGAAGGAGCUUAUAGAAGCCGGAGCUGAUAUCAAUCUACAAGGUACGUAUGAUACUCCACUGACAGCAGCAUGUGAGGGAGGACAUAUGAGUGUAGUGAAGGAGCUUAUAGAAGCCGGAGCUGAUAUCAAUCUACAAGGUAUGUUUCAUACACCACUGACAGCAGCAUAUAAGGGUGGACACAGAAAUGUAGUGAUGGAGCUUUUAGAAGCUGGAGCUGAUAUCAAUCCUAAAGGAGAAUGUCAUACACCAUUGACAGCAGCAUGUGAGGGUGGACAUAUGAGUAUAGUAAAGGAGCUUAUAGAAGCCGGAGCUGAUAUCAAUCCUAAAAGAGAAUGUCAUACACCAUUGACAGCAGCAUGUGAGGGUGGACAUAUGAGUGUAGUGAAGGAGCUUAUAGAAGCCGGAGCUGAUAUCAAUCUACAAGGUGAGUAUACACCACUGACAGCAGCAUGUACAGAAGGACAUAUGAGUGUAGUUAAAGUGCUUAUAGAAGCCGGAGCUGAUAUCGAUCAGCAAGCUGGAGAUGAUACACCCCUGACAGCAGCAUGUAAGGGUGGACAUAUUAGUGUAGUGAAGGAGCUUGUAGAAGGCGGAGCUGAUAUCAAUCAGAAAGGGAAGUAUGAUACACCACUGACAGCAGCAUCUAAGGGAGGAUAUAUGAGUGUAGUGAAAGAGCUCAUAGAAGCUGGAGCUCAUAACAUCAGUCAGAUAAGUCAGAAACACCAAUGACAACAGCGGAUGAGGGUGAGAUGUUAUGAAUACUUACUAGAGGUUUAAUAUUUGAAGGAACUGCUACAGACUGGGGCUUAAUAUCAUUUACAAGAGUCCCUUAAUGUACAUCUAAGGAUAGAAUAAAUAUGAUUGUGACAAAUCUGCUAGCACUCAUGUAUGGUAAUUAUAUAUAUAGAGGAAAUCGUCUUUAAUAAAAUUAAGAUUGUAAUCUUUGCAGAAUCGAUUGAUGAUGUAAAGUUUGCAUUUCAUCUGUAACUUUUUUUUGUUUAGAAUGAUUGAUGGACAUAUAGUUUUUAGGUGGAUGAUUUUAUAGAGAUGAUAUUAUUCUCCUGGGUGUGUGGAUUGAUGUUAUUGUCAGGGUAAGGUUCAGCAAGGAUGAUUGUGUGUUAUUUUAGCAUGGUCUGUCUGUUAAAGGUUAAACGAGACAAAUAUUCAGUGAGUUUAGGAUAAGCGAUACUUUUUUUUGAAAUCGUUGCAUGUGUGCAUAUAAGAGUUACGGGUGCUGAAGAAUGUGCGAGACAGUAAAAGAAAGAAUGGUGACUCUGGACAAGAUUAUACUGAUACCGAUAUUUAAAAAAUCGAAGAUUUGUUUGAAUACCUAAAACGUGCUGAGAGGAAGAUAGUGCUGAUUAAAUCAAAGAAAUGUGAAAGUUGAUGUUCUUUAGAAAAAAGUAAUUCCGUAUAGUGUACAUGAAAAAAUUAUAAAAAUAAGAGCUUAUGUCCUGACAUUAUACGCAAUGUUUUACCUACCCUCUCUUUAAAAGGUGUCUUGAAAUUUUGAUUUGUUAUUAUUUACAAGUAUUAAGACUUGCUUCAGAAAGAGAUCAGUCUUUAUUCAGUAUAUGUUGUUUUAUAUUAUAUAGAACGAUUUUACCCUUUCUUCGAACUUUCAGUAGAGCGUGACUUUCUCGGCGCUACGUAAUGGCGAAUACUAGUAGAUUCUCAUGCAUUGGUUUAGCAAUUAAUAAUAUCAGGAACUUAAAAUUGUUGUUGACGACUUAUGACCCACCUCUGUGCCAUGAGAGAACUUAUAAUUGGCUAUUUGCUACACCAGUUGACACUCUGUUGCAUUUCUAUCAAAUGUAUAUUAUUUGACCGUUCAUGGUAGCCUAGUGGUAGAGCGUUCGCUUCGUGAUCGGGAGGCCUGGGUCAGAUUCUCGUUCCCGGCGCCGCGUCAAACCUGAGACGUAAACAUAGGUAGUGACUGUUCCUUCGCCAAGCGCUCGGCAUCAGAAGUGAAAGUCACGGGUCUUUCGGAUAUGACCUUAAAAACGUAGGUCCCGUGUCACGGUAGGCGCUGGCACGAUAAAGAACCCUCACUGCUCAAUGGCCCUGAGUGCGAGUAUAGGUAUCAUUUGAAGCCCUUCACCGGCAUACGGUGACGUCUCCAUAUGAGUGAAAAAUUCUCAGGAGGGACGUUAAACAAUAUACAAUCAAUCAUAUGUAUAUUUCAAUAGUGAAGGGAAGCUGUGUAAAUUUUAGAAGCUAAUUAUGUAACAUCGAGAAUGCCACGCCUUACUGAAAGUCCAAGCUAAGCGUGUAAUGGUCCUAAAUUGUCCAACUCACCAUGCAAAAAAAAACAAGUUAGUGCAUCCACUCUCAUUUUGAAUCAUUCUGCAAAGUUGGAACAAUUUUAGUCACAAAUGGCAUUGAGUGGAAACUGCCAUUCUCUACAAAUAAUUAAAUUUAAGCUGUUCAUUCUUGACAUUAAGAGAAGGAUCAAUUUUUUGAUUCCAUACUUCAAUAUUUUAUGUUAUGGCUGUAAUGCGUCAAUUGUUUGGUUGAAAACAAGUUUGUAUCAUAUGAGAGUUGCUGCAAAAUUGUGUGAAUGCUCAAUUUUCUUUAUUUUUACUCUUUUGUUGCCCUCAAUUGUCUCUCAUGGUUUUUCUUUUCAAGUAUUGUUCAUUUAAUUGUAAAUAUGAUGCAUGAU